GUUACUCACAUAAACAGUUACAUUCGCUCCAACAGUCUUUACAUUCUUCACAACAACAAAUUCCCCCAAAGAGUAAAGCAUCAACUUGCAAUGCGAAAGCUUUGAAAUCACUCCUCUCUCUCUCUCUCUCUCUCAACAGAUCGAUGAAGAGAAGUCAUCAGACAUGGAUUGAAAGAAAUUCUGCUGAGAAGGAUAGCAACUAUUCAGCAACCCAUAACCAAACCAGUUUCUUCAAAACAAACCCAUCUCACCUAACCUAAUUAAACAAAACCUAAUUCUUCAUCCACCACGCCGGAAAACACCCCUGUUUUCCACCGAAACAUUCAUCGCCAUGAAGCACGCCAGCGUCGGCGCCGGAGCCCGAAAAGGCAGCAAUCUCUCUGUGUUCGUGGUGGUGUUCUCUAUAUUCCUCUUCGGAUGCUUCAUGUACAACGAAGACGUGAAAUCGAUUGCUGAAUUUCCAUUUUCGAGUCCAAAAGCUGAAGAGAUCCAGAAACAACAGUCCGUCCAAAACAACCCAGUUCAAGAAACAACCGAAAACGAAGAUUUGAGAGCAGUUUCGAUGAAUUCAAGAACUAUAGUGGAGACCCAAGUGGAGACAAGUCGUGAAGAAACAGAGGAGACGAGUGCGAUCAAUCUGAACAUGAAAUCGAGCGAAGAAGAAGAAGAAGAGAAAGAAGAUGAGAAGAUAAUCGAAUUGCCAGUGGAGGAAGAGGACGAUGAAGAGGUUGAAUUGCCGCCGGAGGAUUGUGAUCUGUUUACCGGAGAGUGGGUUUUCGAUAAUGUGAGUCAUCCGAUAUACAGAGAAGAUGAUUGUGAGUUCCUCACAGCACAAGUGACUUGCAUGAGGAAUGGAAGAAAGGAUUCUCUGUACCAGAAUUGGAAAUGGCAGCCCAGAGAUUGCUCUAUGCCCAAGUUCAAAGCAAGAUUGUUUCUUGAGAAAUUGAGGGGGAAGAGGCUAAUGUUUGUUGGGGACUCAUUGAAUAGAAACCAGUGGGAGUCCAUGGUUUGUCUGGUUCAAUCUGUUGUUCCUCCAGGCAGGAAGAGCUUGAAGAAGACCGGUUCUCUCUCUGUUUUUAGAAUUGAGGAUUAUAAUGCUACAGUGGAGUUUUACUGGGCCCCAUUUCUGGUGAGAUCAAAUUCAGAUGACCCCACCAUGCACAGCAUAUUGAACCGAAUCAUCAUGCCUGGCUAUAUCAAAAAUCAUGGCAAAAACUGGAAGAAUGUGGACUACCUUGUCUUCAACACAUACAUUUGGUGGAUGAACACUUUUAGCAUGAAAGUUUUACGAGGUUCAUUUGAUGAAGGGGCAACCGAGUAUGAUGAGAUCGAUCGGCCCAUAGCGUAUGCAAAGGUUUUGAAGACAUGGUCUAAGUGGGUAGAGAAAAAUCUGAAUCCCAAUCGGACCACAGUCUUCUUCAUGAGCAUGUCUCCACUUCAUAUCAAGAGCUUGGAUUGGGAAAACCCCAAUGGGAUCAAAUGUGCCUUGGAGACUACACCAAUCACGAACAUGUCAAUGCCACUCGAGGUGGGUACGGACCGCCGGCUCUUUGUGAUCGCCGAGAAUGUGACACGGUCGAUGAAAAGAGUUCCAGUGCAUUUCAUCAACAUAACCACCCUCUCAGAGUACCGAAAAGAUGCACAUACCUCGGUCUAUACAAUCCGUCAAGGGAAGAUGCUAACGGAUGAGCAAAAAGCCGACCCAGUAAAUUUUGCAGAUUGUAUUCAUUGGUGCCUCCCAGGCGUGCCCGAUAUGUGGAAUGAGUUCCUCUAUACACGUAUCAUUUCUCGUCGCUCUUAACACACGUCCCUCGGCCCAUUUUUUCCCAUUCAUCACAUAAUUCAAUUUUAUUUUGGAUUUUUGUGUCUCCUUCUAUAACAUACCAUUUUUUUUUUUUUUCUCUAAUCUUGGUCUCCCUUGUAAACUCUUGUAGCCCUUUCCCAUUUUUUUUUGCAUAAGUUGGUAGUUUGUAUUAGAUUUUUGGUUUCAUUAUUGAGCUCAUUUGGCUGUGGUGGAGGUUGAGUAAGGGGGUGAUGUGUAUUGGCUGAUUGGGGAGACUUUCUAUAUGAAUUAAUUGGAUACAUACACAUGAUAAAUUGUAUAAUAACAUUGCUGAAGAUAAAAAAUAUAUUGAAUUCAAAACUUUUAAGUA